UUCCAACUGGAGGACCAGGUGGUCAUAGUGCGUGAGGGUGCCGUCAUUCAGUCCUUCUCCAGGGAAGACAAGCCUGACCUGUUUCCAGUCGUUCAGAGGCCCUCCCCAUUCUGCAUUUUGAAUGAGCCCGGCGCAAAGUUCACUCUCCAAGGGAAGGGCAUUUCUGGUCUGCAGGACACGCUGUUCUGCAGAGUCAAAGGUCGAUAUGUCCCUAUUGAUGUGGAUUACGAUGCUCAUGAAGAGGUGGAAGGUGUUGAAGCAGUGGAAUGUGAGCUGUUGGAGGAAUGUCAAACAGGGGCACUGCGAAUCGAGGCUGCACACAUGGGGACGCUCAGCAGUGAACCACGGGUUGUUCUGGCUGUUCGGGAUCCACAAAUUGUGGCUGAGGUGCGAUCGCUGGAGACAGAGAACACGUCAGACGAGGCCCUGGAUAGCUGGCUGCACGACAUGGGACGUGUGUUGGAGUUUCGGGACUGGGUCCUUGCCAGGUACAGCGACUCCGCCCCUGCUGAGGCCUUCGAGGAGGCUGCCAAGUGGGAGUACACUGUUGAGGAGAUGGCUGUGAUUGUGCGCACUGCCCGCCGCCUUGUGGGCUUCGCGCUGGGGCGGUCGUGGACAGCAGUGACAGAGGCUGUGCUUCCCGUCGCGAUGCUGGGGCCGGGGGCAGUGGCUGAGGUGGCUUCCCUGUGCAAGGCGAGCUGUGUGGACUUGCCGGGGUGGAUGCACCUUGCUGAGGAAUCAGAGAAGCGCUGCAUGGUGAGCUUUCUGCAGCAGUGGGCCAUGCAGGCUGGCAGUUCACAAGCACCAGUUUCAGGGGCCAGGAGUCCGAAGUCUGAGCGCCAUCCGAAAACCGAGCACACAGUGGCACCCCAGCCCAGAAUGGGGGUACUGGCUGAAAGGCCUGUCCAGAAUGCCCCUCUGCCAUCCGCCUCGCAGGCAAUCUGCCACUCCCAGACGCCUGGCCCCCACCCAGAGUCAGCGGGAGAACCUGCCGCCAACUCCGCACAGUUCAACGAGGGCUGCUACCAGGACAGGCACAAGCUGUUGGCGCUGUGCGGCUCUGGCAAACGAAGCAAAGGGGGCGGCAGAGGACAAUUGGGUGGAUCCCGCUCUGAUGAAGGCCUGGGCAAUGUACAGGGUGCCAGCAGCAUUGGUCCUGUUUCGAGUGCAUCAUUCUGUACAGGUGCCAUGAAAGCACCUGAGCUGAGCAAGGCUGGGGACGGUCACAGUCCAUGCGACACCCAUCCAUCCACUGGACGCUUCCAGCUGUGGGACUCCAGCAAUUCUGCGGGCGUUGCUUUGCGGAGAUUCGCCCCAACCAGAACCAGCAUUGGCUGUGGCAGUGGUGGCUGGAGAGCGAAGCGGAGGAUCAUGGAACUGUGGCACCAUUCUUCUGAGUCUCUAUGCCCGCCGACUGCAAUGCUUGUUGCUGACGGCUUUGGGCAGUUCAAGAAUUGGAACAUGCAAGUGGCUACCUACUGA